AAAAACAGGGUUAAAGAACACACACAGCUUUGUCUCUCCCCUAGUCCCUCUCAUAUGUUCCGUUUUUCUAAACGUUGUGAUUAACGGCCUCCCUUCUUCUUCUUCUUCUUCUUCUUCUUCAUCUUCUGGGUUUCAUUUUGGACACAUUCAAUUCAACCUGUGUGUCCAAGAGAGCCAGAGGCUGCUGAGGCAGGGCGUCUCUACUUGUUACCCUAGUUAACUCUGUAAAACAGCUAAAGUCGGGUGCUUGACAAAGAAGGAGCUCGACUAGCUCAAACGGAGACCAUAGCCGUGCCCUAGCCGUAGCCUUUGAUCUCUCACCAUUGCCCACUUUGUUUAGGUAAAGAAGGAGCUCGUCGACCUCCAAGUGUAGAUUUUCGAGUGAAAAGUAGCGCCCUUUAAACCAUUCCCAAAUGUCAUGGACGGAGAAAGAUGUUGGUAAUGGGAGAGAUGGGGACUCAGUUGGAGAAAAUGGAUUCUUGGAUGGUUCACAUCCUUCUCCUAGUACCAGUGGCUCUAUCGUUGCUGUAUCUCCAGUAGGGAAGAGAUUUGAAGUGAAAGAUGCUCUGUCUUAUGCCAAUAUUCUUCGCUCGAGGAAUAAGUUUGCUGAUGCUCUGAGUCUUUAUGAGACUGUGUUGGAGAAAGAUGCCGGAAAUGUGGAAGCUCAUAUUGGAAAAGGAAUAUGCUUGCAAAUGAAAAAUAUGGGAAGGCUCGCUUUUGAUAGUUUCACGGAAGCAAUCAGGUUGGACCCACAGAAUGCAUGCGCCCUCACACAUUGUGGUAUUUUGUAUAAGGAUGAGGGCCGCCUAAGGGAGGCUGCUGAGUCAUAUCAAAAGGCUCUAAAAGCAGACCCUUCGUACAAACCCGCUGCGGAAUGCCUAGCCAUUGUAUUAACAGAUCUUGGAACUAGCUUAAAGCUUGCUGGCAAUACUCAAGAGGGACUGCAGAAGUAUUAUGAAGCUUUGAAGACAGAUCCACACUAUGCUCCUGCAUAUUAUAACCUUGGUGUUGUCUACUCUGAAAUGAUGCAAUUUGACACUGCCCUUAGUUGCUAUGAGAAGGCUGCACUGGAGAGGCCGAUGUAUGCUGAAGCAUAUUGCAACAUGGGUGUCAUUUACAAAAAUCGUGGUGAUUUGGAGUCUGCUAUUGCUUGUUACGAGAGGUGUCUUGCUGUUUCACCAAACUUUGAAAUUGCAAAGAAUAAUAUGGCAAUAGCCUUGACAGAUUUAGGAACAAAGGUUAAAUUGGAAGGUGACAUUGAUCAAGGUAUAUCCUAUUACAAGAAGGCUCUUUAUUAUAACUGGCAUUAUGCGGAUGCUAUGUACAAUCUCGGUGUUGCUUAUGGUGAAAUGCUUAAGUUUGACAUGGCCAUUGUGUUCUAUGAACUUGCGUUCCACUUUAAUCCCCAUUGUGCAGAAGCAUGCAAUAAUUUGGGAGUAAUAUACAAAGAUCGAGACAACCUUGAUAAAGCAGUAGAGUGUUAUCAGUUGGCUUUGUCGAUCAAACCAAACUUUUCACAGUCGUUGAACAAUCUUGGUGUUGUCUACACUGUCCAGGGUAAAAUGGAUGCUGCUGCAAACAUGAUUGAGAAAGCUAUAAUUGCAAAUCCCACAUAUGCAGAAGCAUAUAACAACUUGGGGGUUCUCUACCGAGAUGCUGGAAAUAUAACUCUGGCUAUUGAUGCGUAUGAGCAAUGCCUAAAAAUAGAUCCUGAUUCCCGGAAUGCAGGCCAGAAUCGAUUGCUUGCAAUGAACUACAUAAAUGAAGGACAUGAUGAGAAACUUUUUGUGGCUCACAGGGACUGGGGUAGACGCUUUAUGAGGUUAUAUCCACAGUACGCUUCAUGGGACAAUCCAAAAGAUCCAGAACGACCCCUUGUGAUCGGAUACAUAUCUCCUGAUUAUUUUACUCAUUCCGUGUCAUAUUUUAUAGAAGCUCCGCUUGCCCAUCAUGAGUACGCAAAGUACAAGGUGGUUGUUUAUUCUGCAGUAGUGAAGGCAGAUGCCAAGACUAUUAGGUUUAGGGAUAAAGUCUUGAAAAAGGGCGGGAUUUGGAGAGAUAUAUAUGGUAUUGAUGAAAAGAAGGUUGCGACCAUGGUUAGAGAAGAUAAGGUUGAUAUCCUGGUGGAACUUACUGGCCAUACUGCUAACAACAAAUUGGGAACAAUGGCGUGCAGGCCCUCACCUGUUCAGGUGACCUGGAUUGGCUACCCAAACACAACUGGUUUACCGGCAAUUGACUAUAGAAUCACAGAUUCACUGGCGGAUCCUCCUGAUUCAAAGCAGAAGCAUGUUGAGGAGUUAGUUCGAUUACCAGACUGCUUCCUGUGUUAUACACCUUCCCCUGAGGCAGGGCCUGUUUUGCCCACUCCUGCUCUUUCCAAUGGCUUUAUUACUUUUGGCAGCUUUAAUAAUCUGGCAAAGAUCACUCCAAAAGUGUUACAAGUUUGGGCGAGAAUUCUUUCUGCAAUUCCAAAUUCUCGUCUUGUGGUGAAAUGUAAGCCUUUUAGUUGUGAUAGUGUCAGAGAGAGAUUUCUUUCAACAUUGGAGCAGCUGGGGUUGGAACCACUACGUGUUGAUCUUCUACCUCUAAUUUUACUCAAUUACGAUCAUAUGCAAGCCUAUUCUCUCAUGGACAUUAGUCUGGAUACUUUUCCAUAUGCUGGAACAACCACAACAUGUGAAUCUUUAUAUAUGGGAGUUCCGUGUGUUACUAUGGCUGGUUCAGUACAUGCGCACAAUGUUGGUGUUAGUAUUCUCGGUAAAGUUGGGUUGGGAAAUCUGAUUGCUAAAAAUGAGGAUGAAUAUGUCCAGUUGGCAGUGCAGUUGGCCUCUGAUGUUACAGCGCUUUCAAAUUUGAGAAUGGGUCUCCGGGACCUUAUGUCCAGGUCGCCUGUCUGUGACGGACCAAAGUUUACCCUUGGGCUGGAGUCGGCAUACAGGAACAUGUGGCACAGAUACUGCAAAGGUGAUGUGCCAUCACAAAGGCACAUAGAAAUGCUACAACAGGAAGUAGUCACUGAAGAGCCAGCUGCUGAAAUCUCUGAGUCAACAAGUUUUAUAACACCAAGAGAAGGUCCUCCUGGAUCUAUUAAGACGAAUGGAUUUAUUCCUCUUCCACAGCCUGUGCGUAACCUCUCUACUUGUGAAGAAAAUGGAGGAGUCUGAUGGGCACAUAUCAGAGGCGUUUGUACGGGGAAUCAUAUUGCUUUUCUGGGUGAAUUGAUCUCCUAUGGUAUAUUUAGUCGUGGCUGCUUGUAGUGGAAUCGAGUCCGGUGGUAACUAAGGUGGAAGCACUAUGUUUACUCGCCUAGGAUCACAUUUUUUGGGAAACAACUGCUGGCAGCAUUCGGAGUCUAUAUAUUAUUAUCUGCGUACAAAAUGAAGAAUUGAAAGAGGUGAUGCUAUACACUACCAAUGAAAAAGAGGUGAUACUAUGAACUGAUAUUUUAGGUGGCUACCAGCAAUUUUUCCCGAGUAUAGAAUUGUGUUUGUAAAUUUCAAGAGAAUUUUUUACUUAUUUUAGGAUUGCUUGUAUGAUUUUUAAACAGCAAAGUUGGUGAAAUUACCGGGUUUGGUUACAA